AUGACCUGUACAGCAAGAUUAUCGAGAAGGGCAGGGGCGGGUACUGCAUGGAGGUCAGCGCCUUCUUCGCGUCCGUGCUGCGGGGUACCGGCUUCACGCUGUUCAGCGCCGGCGCGAGAGUCAAGGGGCCUGCGGGGUACAAGGCAACGUUUGUACGUCAAGGAGCAUGCUAUCAUGCUCAACGACCCCUUCUUUGAGUCUAAGUACACCUAUGGCGAUGACGCUGUGCCAAGCGAACCGGGACUCCUCGUUGCACACGGUGUCAAACACCCAACUCGAUCGUCUCUUAACCUUACAUCGCUGCCGGACGAGUUCCUUAAGAUCUGGCACCCGACCUUUCUGAUCCGCCAUCCGGCCAUGAUGCUACCCUCGCUCUACCGCACUACCCUCGCCGAUCUAGGGCCAGAUGCGGAGCGGCUUAAGGCACGUCAGGGGAAAGGCCCGCUAAAGCACGAAGCGACUAUGAAAUGGAUCCGGACGCUCUAUGAGUUCUUUGCGGCCUACCUUCCUAAGGACAGCAUGUGGCCGAUUGUACUCGAUGCUGACGAUAUCAUGAAGACGCCCGAACUGGUGACCAAGUACGCUCCGCUCGCCGACCUUGACCCGGCAAAGCUCCGCUUCUCGUGGGAAAUGGUUCCAAAUGAGAAGAUAAAGACCAUAUCGAAGGCCCACCAGGUCAUGACGAGCUCCAUCAGGGCGAGCUCCAAGACUGACACCUCCAAGGCGGCCGGCGCCAUUGACAUUGACACCGAGAAUACCAAGUGGAGGGCUGAGUUUGGUGAGGAGGGCUGCAGAAAUCUCGAACAGUGGGUUAGGGAUAUGAUGCCAGAUUAUUUAGCCAUGCACUCCAAGAGGCUGAGGCUCAACUAA